UACGAGUUAAUAUCUCUACAACAGAAUACCGUCCCGAGGAAUCAACAAAAUUCCCCCGGGCUCGCCAGCCACUCGGCCGCCACAUAACAGAACUGGUGACAGCGGUGGGAUACCAGGGAUCUUUGCAUCUGCAAUUCGAUAGGGUCCGAAUUAAUCUCAAUUAAUCGGAUGUCCCACUGACACUUUCAUUUUUCUCAAUUUUCAUAAACUGUUUCUUCUCAACGAAAUAUCACUACCAAGUCAUCUUUGUCCAUUCUUGAAUAAAUUCCCAUAAGGAUUCAUAAAAUCUUUUGCCCUUCUCUUCACAUAUAAAAGGAAAAUUCCAUUUUUAUCAUUACCUGGAAAUUUUUAAGGCAAUUCCAUUCCUGAACUUCCUAACCUUUCAUAAAUCUCAUUAGACGUUCCCCAUUCAACUCCACUUCCACUUUAAACAAACCUAAAAUUCAUUAAAAAAUUACUAGCAUACUAUAUUGCUAAACUAAAACUCUAAAAUGGCUAAAGAACCUACACCAACAGAUUUACUAAACCUAACCUAUCAACACUUACAAUCCGCGGAUCAAUCUUCUCGAAUCCGCUGUAUUCAAAGCGCUCUCAAAGAAAUUCCUACAUUCGACGGUGAAGAACCCCCACUAGCAGUCUUUUUACAACAUUUAGAAAAUGGUCUAACACUGAUAGGAUCUCAGGAUGAAGGCCUCUAUUUAACCGCGGUUUUAACCAAAUUAACAGGAGCCGCGCGUGCUAGUGUGGAAGGUAAAGGCUUCACUACUCGCCGAGAAUUUACUCGCCAUUUAAAGAAAAGAUUCGCACCUUAUAAAAAUUAUGCUUCUGCCCUCAAGGAAGUAGAACAUUUAGGAAUUCGCGAGAAUGAAUCCAUCCGACAAUAUCUCAAUAGAAAGCAGUUAGGAAGAAAAGCCAAAACUGCAAUUCCCGAUUCAGACGAACAGGAAACCAAGAAUUGUAAAGAGAAUCUCGAUAAGUCGUUACUUUCACAUUUUAUUUGCGGCCUUCCCGUGGACGCCAUACCUUUUGUCGUUGUUCGCCAACCUAAAACAUUAGACGAAGCUUUUGAAGCCGCUUUAGAAAUCGAAAAGAUCCGUCAAGAAAGGAGAGUUUCUCAUGAUUCUCCAGGAAGGGAAGAUUACAGGCGUGACUAUAGAGAUCAUAGCUAUACAGAUUACAGAAGCCCCCAUAGAGAAUCACGUUAUGAACAAUUCGAAAGGAAUAACCGAAAGUACGUUAGCUAUCCACAAUCACCCCGUGCAUAUGAUAGAUAUCCUAGACACUCAUAUGAACGCUCACACUACGACCGGAACUUUAGUCCCGGACCGGACCGCGUGUACAGUUCGCCGCAUCAGCAACAAUCGUUAUCGCCCUCCGAAGAUGAGCUCGCACAAGCCCUUGCGAAGCUUCUACACCAACGUAGGUCUAGAUCACCUACACCACGAUACUCAAUGAAUGACCGUAAUUCGAGUACACUCCACACCCUGAUUAAUGAAAUAGGAAAACAAUUUCCACCUCGUACGCCUUCACCACCUCGAAUUGAUAAUCAACGGAAUUUUAGGCCCAUGCGUUCAAGGAGUCCCACUCCUGACCCUCAACCCCAGUCAGAAAGAAACCCUAUAACCUAUUGCAGGAACGGCAGAAACCCAUCUCAUUACGGGUAUUGCAAUCCACCUUCGCAUUUCCGCUCUCGAUCUCCCUCACACGGUCCACCAUCUAAAGAAACAUUAAGGAAUUCUACUCCCAUAAGAAAUAUGAGCCCUCGAAGAUCAGACCAUUUAAACGCCGAAGGCGCUUGCCGAGUCUCCAACGAGGCGAGCGCUAUCAAAAAACCCAAUCCCCGAAACGUGACAUUCGCGGACUCAAAGAUAAGCAACCAGAAUGCAUGGUCGCAAAAGCACCAUCACCUAGAAUCACGAUUCGAGCGCCCGAAUUAAAAGGCGGUCAAGGAACUUUUGUCAUAGACAGCGGUUCCUCCGUGAAUAUUGUCCAUCUCGAAGCCUUAAGCGAUUUAGCA